CGCGCCUCCAGUGAGAGGUGAAACCAAGAUGGCGGCCGCGCAGUGACUGAGGCGGAGACAGAGCCAGUGGGAGACGGACGGGCCUCGCCGCGCCUCAGCCAGCCAGCCAGCCCGCCCGGCCGGGGAGGGGCCUUUCCUGCCGGGCGCCCGGAGCGGAGCGGGCCGGACUACCGGAGCGGGCCGAGGAGCCGGGGCUGAGCCGCAGCAGUAGCGGGAGGAGGAGGAAGAAGAAUAUGGCGGCGGAGCCGGGCUGGGAGUGAAUCUGCCGCCUGCGAGGGGAGCCCAUGGGGAAGACGGGGCGCUGAGCCCGGCCGCCUUCGCACCCCGCCCGGGACAGGCAGCGCCCGCUGGCCGCUCACGAGCCGCUCUGGAGAAGGAGGGGCCGCGCCUCCUCUGCCCCCCGCACUGACGAACUGCGAGCGAGGGGGCGUCGGGCCUGGGCAGCGCCCGCACAAUAGAGCCGAGCGCCGGGCAGGGGGUGAACUGACCCCGCUCCCUCCCCCUUGCCGCCGAUCUGCCACCACCCCUUGUUCCCUCUGCUAAUCUGGCUGCUUCCUGUCCCCUUCCCCGGCCAGCACACGGUUCUCCCGGCUCACCCCUCUCCUAGCACCCCUGCUCUGCAAGCCCCAUCCCCUGCCACCUUUUCCCUUUGCUUUCCCCCCACCCGCUUCUAGCUUCCAUAGCCAUCUUACCUCUCCUUCACCAUCCCUCCUCUACCACCUCUGCUCACUCCCCACGCUGCCCCUUCGGCCUGCCCCUUUACCCCCGGCAGCUCAACUGCUCCUUCGGCUUUCCCUCCUGAAUAACACUUCCCUGGUCCUCCAGCCUCGUAAAUAGCUUCCCACCAACCACCCCCUUCCCCAGGACUCUGCUGUGCCUCCAAAUAUUGGGGAUGAGGAGGAGACUGCCCCAGCAGUGAAGAAUAAGGAGAGAUCCCGGGGUGUCUGUGUGGGGCUGCUACCCUCUUUCCUGCUCCUCUCCUCUGAGGGGGGCCUAGCCCCCCACCAACCUCCUGUUCCUUCAGGUGUCACAGGCCAGUGUGGUGGCUGUGGUGUGGCAGGCGGCAGGAUGACCGACACCCGGCGGAGGGUGAAAGUUUACACGCUGAAUGAAGACCGCCAGUGGGAUGAUAGGGGCACCGGACAUGUGUCCUCUGGCUACGUGGAGAGGCUGAAGGGCAUGUCCCUGCUUGUCAGGGCAGAGAGUGAUGGUUCUCUUCUUUUGGAGUCCAAAAUUAAUCCAAACACUGCAUACCAGAAGCAACAGGACACUUUGAUUGUGUGGUCUGAAGCUGAAAAUUAUGACUUGGCACUUAGCUUUCAAGAAAAAGCUGGAUGUGAUGAAAUAUGGGAAAAAAUAUGUCAGGUUCAAGGAAAAGAUCCUUCAGUGGAUAUUACUCAGGACCUUGUAGAUGAAUCUGAGGAGGAGCGUUUUGAUGAUAUGUCAUCACCAGGUCUAGAAUUGCCAUCUUGUGAAUUGAAUCGGCUAGAGGAAAUUGCGGAACUUGUGGCAUCUUCACUGCCUUCCCCACUGCGUCGUGAAAAACUCGCACUAGCAUUGGAAAAUGAGGGCUAUAUUAAAAAGCUCUUAGAAAUUUUUCAUGUGUGUGAGGACUUGGAGAACCUUGAAGGACUACACCACUUGUAUGAAAUUAUCAAGGGAAUCUUCCUUUUGAACAGAACUGCACUUUUUGAAGUAAUGUUUUCUGAGGAAUGUAUAAUGGACGUAAUUGGAUGCCUAGAAUAUGAUCCUUCUUUAUCGCCGUCACGGAAACACAGGGAAUUUCUGACAAAAACAGCAAAAUUUAAAGAGGUGAUUCCUAUAUCUGAUCCAGAGCUGAAGCAAAAAAUUCAUCAAACAUACAGAGUACAGUAUAUCCAAGAUAUGGUUCUACCCACUCCCUCAGUGUUUGAAGAAAAUAUGCUGUCAACACUUCACUCCUUCAUUUUUUUUAAUAAAGUGGAAAUAGUUGGUAUGUUACAGGAAGAUGAAAAAUUUCUGACAGAAUUGUUUGCACAAUUAACAGAUGAAGCCACAGAUGAGGAGAAAAGACAAGAAUUGGUAAACUUUCUGAAAGAAUUCUGUGCAUUUUCUCAAACAUUACAACCUCAAAACAGAGAUGCUUUUUUCAAAACAUUGUCUAAUAUGGGUAUACUGCCAGCACUAGAAGUCAUCCUAGGUAUGGAUGAUGCACAAGUGCGAAGUGCAGCUACUGAUAUAUUCUCAUAUUUGGUUGAGUACAAUCCAUCCAUGGUACGAGAGUUUGUUAUGCAGGAAGCUCAACAGAAUGAUGAUGAUAUUUUACUCAUUAACCUCAUCAUAGAACACAUGAUUUGUGAUACAGAUCCUGAACUUGGAGGGGCAGUCCAACUCAUGGGUCUCCUUCGUACUUUAGUUGAUCCAGAAAACAUGCUGGCCACAGCCAAUAAAACUGAAAAGACAGAAUUCCUGGGUUUCUUCUAUAAACAUUGUAUGCAUGUUCUCACAGCUCCCUUACUGGCUAAUACAACAGAGGAGAAGCCUAGCAAAGAUGAUUUUCAAACAGCCCAGCUCUUGGCAUUAAUAUUGGAAUUGCUAACAUUCUGUGUAGAACAUCAUACGUAUCACAUAAAGAACUAUAUUAUUAACAAGGAUAUCCUACGGAGAGUACUAGUUCUCAUGGCCUCAAAGCAUGCUUUCUUGGCGUUAUGUGCCCUUCGUUUUAAGAGAAAGAUAAUUGGGUUGAAGGAUGAAUUCUAUAACCGCUAUAUAAUGAAAAGCUUUUUGUUUGAACCUGUGGUCAAAGCAUUUCUCAACAAUGGAUCCCGCUAUAAUCUGAUGAACUCUGCUAUAAUAGAGAUGUUUGAAUUUAUUAGGGUGGAAGAUAUAAAAUCAUUAACUGCUCAUGUAAUUGAGAAUUACUGGAAAGCACUGGAAGAUGUAGAUUAUGUGCAGACAUUCAAAGGAUUGAAACUACGAUUUGAACAACAAAGGGAAAGACAAGAUAAUCCCAAACUUGACAGCAUGCGCUCCAUCUUGAGAAACCAUAGAUACCGGAGAGAUGCAAGAACCCUAGAGGAUGAGGAGGAAAUGUGGUUUAACAGUGAUGAAGAUGAUAUGGAGGAUGGCGAAGCAGUGGUGCCCCCCUCUGACAAAACUAAAAAUGAUGAAGACAUUAUGGAUCCCAUAAGUAAAUUCAUGGAAAGGAAAAAAUUGAAAGAGAGCGAAGAAAAGGAGGUUCUUCUGAAAACUAAUCUUUCAGGUCGUCAGAGCCCAAGUUUCAAACUUUCCUUCUCUAGUGGUACAAAAACUAACCUUACCAGCCAGUCAUCUGCAGGUAACUUGUCUGGCUCUCCAGGAUCGCCAGGAUCUCCAGGAUCACCAGGAUCACCGGGAUCAGUUUCUAAAAGCACAUCUCAGAUGGCAGCUAUUACUACCAAGGAUGUUCCAUAUUGUCUCUGAAGUUCUGCCAGAUCGCUCAUUGCUGCAGUCCAGUCAACUAUCCUAGGGAGGCCUCGUGGGGCUUGUAGAUUAUCCUGAUGAUGAUGAAGAGGAUGAUGAAGAUGAAGAAAAGGAAGAAACUCUACCUUUGUCAAAGAAAGCAAAACUUGAGUCAUCAUAAUGGCAACCGUCUAAUAUCAAUUCCAGUUGGGGAACGGAAAAAAAACUACUAAUUUUUCAAAUGAAAAAUAAUACACAACAAAGCAGCAAUCUUUUGUGAAUUACUGUGUGUGACACAGAUCAACCUAUACAAAUGGAUUUCUGCUAAUCAAGUGCCAAUUCAAAGGAGCAGAAGAAGGGGAAAAUAUUACAUUUAGGGGGAAGACUUAUGCCUUUGAGCUCUCCAGCUUGGACCACACAUUGCCCUUUUCUCAGGGAAGGAAAUGGAAAAAAAUAAAAAGCCAACAGGGCAGGAGUUUUGUUAAUGGAACUCUGGAUUGGCUGGUCAAUUACUACAAUCAGAAUAUGCUUUCUUGGACAAUGUAUGCGACUUUUGAAGAAAAGGCUGUCUUGCCAUAAUUCUUCACUAAGAAUGCCAGCAGUUUCUUUGUAUAAAGAGACCUGCCUUUGAAAUCAUAAAUUCUGAACAUUUUAGUCAAGCUGCAACAGGUUUUAAAAACCUCUAUGGGGGAGGGCCUGAAUAUAAAGUUUCCUCUUUUUUUAUCUGUUCCCUUUUGCCCUUUAAACUGCAGAAUUUUUUUGGAGGUGGGGGAUUUGUCUGUCCCUUCUUGAUUAAAGAUUGAGUGGAAUUCUAGAUGUGGUCACUUUUUGUGUCAUAAUUUUAUUUUAUUUUAUUUUAUUUUGCCCCCUGAGUGUAUGCUUAGUUGUUGAGUAUAUAUUUGGGACCAUUAAAAAUUUUUUGAUGUAAUAUAAUCUCACUGUUGUGCUGGUACCUGUUUCACCCUGUGUAAUUUUGUUUUGCAUCACAAAUCUUAAUAUGUGUAGGAUUUUAUGGAAGAUGGUAUAGUUUUUAUUGAAAAAAAAAAUGAUUCUUGCCACAAUGUGCAUACAAAAGCAAUACUAUUUUGUGACUAAAUAUUUUAUAUUAAACUUUACAUCAGCAAC